AUGCGCACCCUGGGUCACUAUGCCCUGCACACAUACGCCCUCGCGGGCGACCUCACUGGCGUCAGGCGCGCGUUGGGCGCGGGCGCCGACGUGAAUGAACUCAUGGAGGACAGCCGGACGGCACUGGUAUGCGCGAUCGGCGGCGAGGACUGGCACUCGGUGGACCCAUCGAGCUCGUCUUUCCUUACCUCCGAGCGCCUGCAGAUCAUCGAACUGCUCGUUUCUCACCCAGACGCGACGAUGUUUACUCUGAACGCGGCGCAGGCCCACCUGAAGGGCGCGACUGCGCUCGGACUGGCGGCCUGGCUGAACAUGCUCAAGGUCGUCCAGAUCCUCCUCGACGCGAGCGACGGUGCCGUAGCCGUGGACGGGAGGGACGGCCAUAACGCGACGCCCCUGAUGUACGCCGCACGCGAUGGGAGCCUCGAAGUCUGCAAAUUCCUGCUCGAGCGCGGCGCGCGCCCGGACCUGCGGGACAGCAAUCACCGCAGCUGCAUCCAGUUCAGCGUCGGGGACCAGCCGCAGAUCCUGUGGAUGACGGAGAUGUCGUUGAGGCGGCAGCGCUAUCAGCAGCUGCAGGCCGCGAUGCGCGCGACGACGCGCCCGCAUAAUGACCACCUCGUCGCCAGUGCAUCAGCGUUUGUCGAGCGUAACUCGGGCCCGUUGGAGCCACCGGCGCUCGCACAGUUCGUGCCCAAGUGCAUGCGACGCCUGACGGACGCGCUCAUCUGUGCAAUAAUCUCGUCUGACAUCCCGACUGUCAUGUCGCUGCUCUUCCCAGAUGCGGAUGGCCUCUCGUACUCCCCGCUUCUCGUCAACCAGCCUGAUCACGAAGGUUGGAGCCCGAUUCACCACUGCGUAUCUUCGGCGCCGUCCCUCGAUAUCCUCGAUGCGCUCUAUCUCGCAGGUGCGGAUGUAUCUCUGUUCACGCCAAAUGAGCAGUUUUCGCCUCUGCAUCUACUGGCUCUGAGCCAAGAGCUUCCUGAGGACCCCGAGAUACUCUACAACUUCACCUUGCAUCUCAUUCGCGACUUGCGCGUACCGUUGGCGGUGACGGAUCGCCUGGAAGAGACGCCCAUUCAUGUCGCGGCCGAACAUGGCACGUCCAUGACACUGCUGUCCAUCUACUUGGAAUGCGACCCGACAGGGAGCAUUCGAGAGAUGCGCAACGCACGAGGAUUGACAGCGCUCGAAGUAGCUCGCCCAGAGUUCCGGUCAGUCUUCGGCGUCGACAUGGAAGGCCGCAGGGCUGCCUCUUCGCUGUCCUGCCGCACCGUGCGCCCCUUGCGCAGUAUGGCGUCGAGCUCGUCGGUCAUGACUGUCAGCAGCUCCUUCCCCCUCCCCGUCACCUCCGACGACGACAUGUUUGCCCUCAGCACGCAGAUGCUCUCCAACCUCUCCCAGCUCACGCGUCCUAUGCCGAAGCGCGCGACGCGCGACGUCGACCAGCAGCGUGCUUUGCUCGGCGAGACGUCCCGCCUCUCGCGUCUCAUCAUUCCGCGCCUGCGCUCUCGCUGCACCGACACGGUGCGCGAGCUCCACGAAUUGCGCGCGCUGUUCGACAAGGUCGACCAGUCGUUCUACGCCGUGUCGCGCGCGGUGGCCGCCGCGAUGCGCGAGCGCGGGAUCGAGCGGCGCAAGCGGAACCGCGAGUCCGAGGACUCGCAGGCGACGGCGGUCGAGGAGGACCUCGCGCAGCUCGCGAUGUCCGUCAAGUCGAAGUCGCCGUCGCCGACGAAGGGCGUGGAGGGCCCUGCGAAGCAGUCGAAGUCUGCGAAGUUCAGGGCAUGGCUGAGGAAGAAGGUGAUGGCGGAUCGGCCGAGUACCCCCACGACGCCGUCGCGCACGUCGUCGCCGUUCCCGCGCGCGGCGUCGGACGAGGGGAGGUCGUCGAGCUGCUCGGGGAGAGAGCCGAUGUCGUGCGCGUUGGAGGCAUGUAGCGCGGUGUUGGAUGCGGUUGGACGGGAUAUGCAUCGGAUUGUGGACGCUUUGGCAGUGGCUCAAAAGUACAUCGAUCAAGCAUCGCACUCUACCUCGCGGGCCGAGCGAGUCGUUGGUCGGUGCCUUAGGAGACGAAGCGAGCUCCUCAAUCAGGGCUUCUCUGAUACCGACGCCUCCUCCAUCUACACACCAAACAACCUACGCUCCUGGUCAAGUCAAAACUCCCUCGCCUCCUCCAAGUCCGUCCUCUCCAUGCAGACCAUGUCUUCCGCAUCAUCCAUCGCCGAGACCCUCAUCGAGGGCGACGACGAUGACGACGUGCGGGUUCUGCGGCGCCUGCUCUUCCGCAAGGUCGAGGUCGGGCUCGAGGGCGCGACGGAAGAGCUUCAGCGCGUGGGCGAGUGGCUCUGCAUCAUCCGGGACUCUGUCCGUGCGGUCAAGCAUCGGACUUGUGUAUAG